GAUGACUGCGACGAAGAUGAUGUCCCAGAGCAGCCGGUGCUGCCUCCCUUGACAGAGUCCGUGGAGCAGUCACCAUCUCGGCAGGUACCGCCUUUGCCGGACCUGCCGCCUCUCAGGGGCGCGGGGGUACCGCCUUUGCCGGACUUGCCGCCUCUCGGGGGCGCUGGAGCAGACAGGGACGGCGCGGCUGAAUCGCAGCGGCCGCCGGCUAUGCCGGUACCGCCUUUGCCGGACUUGCCUCCUCUCGGGGGCGCUGGGGACACAUCGCCGCGGCCGCCGGCUAUGCCGGUACCGCCUUUGCCGGACUUGCCGCCUCUCGGGGGCGCUGGGGACACAUCGCAGCGGCCACCGGCUAUGCCGGUACCGCCUUUGCCGGACUUGCCUCCUCUCAGGGGCGCUGGGGACAGGGACGGUGCAGCUGCAUCGCAGCGGCCGCCGGCUAUGCCGGUACCGCCUUUGCCGGACUUGCCGCCUCUUGGGGGCGCUGGGGACAGGGACGGUGCGGCUGUAUCGCAGCGGCCGCCGGCUAUGCCGGUACCGCCUUUGCCGGACUUGCCGCCUCUCAGGGGCGCUGGGGACAGGGACGGCGAGGCUGCAUCGCGGCGGCCGCCGGAUAUGCCGGUACCGCCUUUGCCGGACUUGCCUCCUCUCGGGGGCGCUGGGGACAGAAACGGUGCGGACCAACUGCGGCCACCGUCUAUGCCGGGGCUGCCUUCUUUGCCGGACUUGCCGCCGCGAAUUCGUGCUGAGGACAGUGUGGACAUAGCGCCGCCGCUCCCCGCGCAGCAUUUCCAGGUGGGCAAGAGAAAGAACGAAGUUGAAGAACUCGAGCGCCAGCGCCACGAGCUAGACUUGAAGGACAUGCCCGACCGGGUACGGCCACAGGAUUACUUGCGCGUGGAGUUGUUGUCCCCGGCGCAAAUUCGCGAGCGGGCGAGGGUGAGGGAUGAUGGCAGUGCGAAUGGUCAAGUGCUGCAUCCGCACGACUACACGGAGAUGCAGGACUCAUGGGAAGCCUUGCCAGAUGGACUCUACUGCGAGAGGAUCUUUGGCGCAAGGGGGACCUACUUGCGAAGGAAGAAGCCUGGAUACAUCGAGCUUGCCUGGCCCUGCGCUCACGUGUGGUUCUCUGGCAGGGGAAAUCUGGGAAGCACAGCGCGCUUGUUGGGCUCCAGCGCCAGCUCCAUCCACUCUGUUCGAAUGUUCCAAGAGAGCCUCUUUCUGGGCGAGUGGGUCGCGCCACCCCUGUGGCCGCUGCGGGAAGAUCCGCUGACGAAGGGGCCGAUGGUUCCGCAAGUGGGCAGCCCCGUUGCGGCAGCUUAUGCGCCGAAGCUGCGUUGCCUGGCGAUCCCCAGCGCGCGAGAGGAGCCAGAAGCGAAUCCAGACGAAAGUGCCAGCUCAGCUGCGCAGGAAUCGAUGCCUUGGUCACGGGAGGACUGCGACACCGCCCAGCUGCUCAAGGCAGCUUGCGCCGAGCAGAUUCCAGCGGAAGCAGCUUUCCAGAGCCGAACGCUGCGCAAGGCACUGGCUGCCGCGCAAUCACCAACAUAUGCCGAUGUGGAUGCAUUUGUGGUGGCUGGCGCGGUUCGGCUCGGCGCGGAGCUCCCGCGGCUGGCGCGAGAUUUGGACUUGAUUCUAGCCGCGCAUCGAGCUGGGGAAGUUGCAGAGGGGGCGGAGGGUAAGUCAAUGCUGAUCGCGGUGGCUUUGGACUCUUUGCGCCAGCAAGGGCUGUCGAGCAGCCAGGCCGCGGAGCUGCUGGCCAUGGGCAUGUCGUCGGAGGAUCCCUCGGAUGAGGCCCUGCGGCACUUCCGGGCUGCUGCUCAGGAGGAGAUCUCUACGGCUUCUGGCGGUCUGUGGCAGUGCCGAAGUUCAGCGGCGACUUGGAUGCCACGCUGA